GGAUAAAUUACGAGGGUCGAUCCCAUCUCUCCUUCGGGUCUGGGAGAGCAUACGAUUCCCAUGUUGAAAAGCAUUGUUCUAAUUGAGCAGCAAACGGUGGCGGGGUGCUUUGAGAGUAUAUCUUUAGAAUGAGGGACAUUCAACUAGUCCCGACCAGCGUCGAUAUCUCCCCGCAUCUGUGUCCAUUUCUUAUAAAAGGGACAAAUCCUCCCCGGAUUUCUCUCCUUACCAAUACCGCCUCAAAGCCUGCGCGCUUUACCAAAACUUGAUAUAUCCUCAUUUAUUACAUAUCCGUGACCGAUACCACGAGAAAUCAAGCUGGUAGCAAUGUCGGCGCAAAUUGUUGAAAUCCCUAUGGAUAUGCAAUCCUCUCAGCCCGAAAAGCUAACGGGCAAACAGCAAGGCCAAAUUGGCAGGCGCGAAAUAUUGGAAGAGGUCGAGCGGGCCAGUAAAUGGCUCAGUGAGGCCGUUGCAAGGGACCGAAAUGCCAAGGAAGCAAAGAUGUUGGCGCAGAGGCGUCUCGUACAUUUCCACGAGGAAGAGGCCAAUAUAUUCGAGGCCAAUCUGAAAGAAGCCCGUCAGCUCUACGAAUCGCAGCUCGUUGAGCAACGUCUUGUCGAAUGGCGGCAAAAGGACGCCGCGGAUGACCUCCUCAAGGACGAGGAGCGCAAAACUGAACUAGUCAAGUUUGUGAACAAAAUGGCUGCUCUCAAGAUCAAGCUCAGACUGCAAGACGAGGCUCGAGAGCGAGAGGUUGCAUUCAGGGAGAAAAUCAAGAUGAAGCGGGACGCACAUCAGGCCCGAGUCAAGAAAUUGGAAGAGCGACAAAAGAAGGAGAGAGACGAACUUUUAUCAACGCAAGCCAGGAUUGCAAAGAACCUGAAAUUAAUACAAUCUCUUGAAGUCCGAGGUAUAGACGAGGCAAAGAAACGUCGUCUCCUCCGCGAGUUUGAAAUCCAGUCACAACAACUUGCCAUGAAGCAGCAAAAAGAAGCGGAACAGCUCCGCGAGAUCCAACUUUUGAAGAUUCGACACAUGUCGGAGGCCGUUCAAAUGGAGUUCGGCAACAUGACCGAAAUGGAGGAAGUCGCAGCUGAGCAGCGGUUGAAAGAGAUUGAGCUGGAUGCAGACAACCGACUUGCACUUCAGAUGGAAGAAGAAAAGCUUGAACGUCAGCAAGCGAAGCUAAAGGCUUUACAACUCAAAGAAGAGCAAAAGAUCCAGCGCAACCAUUUGAAGCAAGGACAAAGGAAGCAGAGCAAGCUCCUGGAAAGGCAGCAGCGUCACGCUGCAAAGCUCCGUGAAAAGAUGAUGAUGGCAGAAAGCGCUGCAAUCCUCGGCGGCGACAUGGCGAUUGGUUCCGGUAACAGCGAUGCCGACGGUUCAGACUCCUACACCGGUGACAGUGCUUCGAUUGGUUCCUCUGAAGCAUCCCGCUCCGAACUCGGCGCGGGUGACGACAGCGAAAACGAAAUGGAUGCCGAAACGCGGGCCGUGACCGAAAGCAAUGCCGCAGCCGACGCCGAGGCCCGCCGCAAACGAAGCGCACGAAAUGACGCCGAAAGCGAGUUAAACGAGGCGUUGAACAAAGGUCGUGAGCGUGUCAAGAAUAUGAUCGCCCACCAGCGCAAAAUGAUUGAAGACCUCAAAGUCUAUCACAAGGAAGUUCGAGACCAAAAGGCCCGCGAGCACAAGCGCAAGACUGCCGAAAUGAACAAGGAUCACGAAGACGAAAUGCGCAACGUUAAGACGGAGCAAGCGCAGGAGAUGGAAGAGCUUCUUGAGACCAUCAGCAACCAAGACCUUAUUGCUGCCCAACAGUCAUCGUUUGAUAAACAAAUGGACACAGUCGUGUCUAACCAGUUAUUAGGAAAUAUGCUUCCCCGUCAUGUGGCAGAGGAACUUAAAGCCGGUCGGACACCCGAGCCCGCCGCAUUCGAGAACGUGGCACUCUUCUUCACCGACAUUUACGGAUUCAAGGAACUCGCCAACCGAUCGUCACCGCGCCAGAUUGUCGCGCUCCUUAACAGGAUGUACAUUGCCUUUGAUGAAGUGAUUGCCAGGUUCCCUGAUCUCUACAAGGUAGAGACCGUCAUGGAUAGCUUCAUGGUUUGUUCUGGAUUAAGCGGAAAUACCCAAAAAUCUCGCCAAGACUGCAUUCGUGAUGCAACCAUCGCCGCCGAAUGCGCAAUACAGCUGCUCGAUGCUGUUGAAGCUAUAGACAUGUCUGACCAACUUGUUGAAAAGCUCAACCUCCGUAUCGGUAUCCAAUGUGGACCGGUUCUAGCUGGUGUCAUCGGAACCAAGAUGCCACAUUACUGUUUGUUUGGUGAUACUGUCAAUACGGCCUCGCGAAUGUGCUCUACCAACCAGGCCCUUAGGAUUCAAGUCUCGGAGGCCAUGUAUGAUUUGUUGAAGAAUGAAUACAUUUUGGAGGAGCGGGGCACGAUCGCUGUUAAGGGGAAGGGAGAUAUGAAAACCUUCUUUUUGCUUGGGCGGAAGGAUAAGGUUAGUGAGCCCAACCAUUGAUGGGAAUGCUAUUGGGCAGUUUAGUAAAGAGAUUGAGCUCGUGGAGGUUGCGGGGUGGAUUAUGCAUCUAUUGUUCUCGUUUUUUUUAUAUUCAUCUCCAACAAAAUAUCAAAAAUCCCAAUUGGUCAUUUGCAAA